CACCAGUGUCAUUAUUAGGAGCCGUCUCCAUGACAACACAACGACCCGGAAGCGGAAGUGCGUCUGCAGCUGGUGUCCCGGAAGUGGCGGUUCUCUGCUCUCGCACACAUGGCCGGGGGAAAGAGAUCAGAUGAGUCCGGGCAGAAGCCUCAACCUAAGACCAGCGCCCAGGCUGACAGUGCGGGGGAAGGCGGCGGGGAGCAGCCGGGGCAGGAGGCCGUGUUCCCUCCGACCUUCAGCGUCUCCGCCAUCAAGAACAAGCAGCGGCGGCACUUCAUGUUCCUGAGGCAGAAGCAGGAGAAGAGGAAGGAGAAGCUUGCUAUUAAAAAGAAGCGUAAGAAGGAGAGAAAGGCGCUUGGGGACAAGGCUCCGCCAAAGGCUGUUCCCAAAACCAUUGAAAACCAACGUGUGUAUGAUGAGACAACAGUUGACCCAGAGGAUGAGGAGGUGGCGUAUGAUGAAGCUACAGAUGAAUUUGCACCUUAUUUUAACAGACAGACAACACCCAAGAUACUUAUCACAACGUCUGACCGCCCCCGAGGGCGUACCGUGAAGUUUACAGAACAGCUGUCGUCUAUUAUACCCAACUCGCAAGUAUACUACAGGAGGGGUCUCGCAUUGAAAAAAGUUAUUCCGCAAUGUAUUUCCAGGGAUUUUACCGACCUCAUCGUCAUCAAUGAAGAUCGGAAAGUUCCAAAUGGGCUUAUCCUCUCUCAUUUACCCGAUGGCCCUACAGCUCACUUCAAGAUGAGUAACGUGCGCCUGCGCAAAGAGAUGAAGAGGAAAGGGAAGACGCCGACGGAGCACCUACCUGAGGUCAUCCUAAACAACUUCACCACGCGGCUUGGUCACUCCAUCGGGCGCAUGUUCGCCUCUCUCUACCCCCACGAUCCCCAUUUUGUAGGAAGACAGGUGGCAACCUUCCACAACCAGCGAGACUACAUCUUCUUCAGAUAUCACAGGUACAUCUUCAAGAGUGAGAAGAAAGUAGGGAUCCAGGAGCUGGGACCCAGAUUUACGCUGAAGCUCCGAUCCCUGCAGAAAGGAACCUUUGAUUCAAAGUAUGGAGAGUACGAAUGGAUCCAUAAGCGACAUGAGAUGGACUCAAAUAGAAGAAAAUUCCACUUAUAAAUUCAUGGUUCUGUUACAUGGAACUGGCGGGAAGCCGGUAAUGGUCUGUACUGGAAUUACAUCUACAGACGUCUGCUUCAUCCGGAGCAGCGCCCCCUGCUGGAACUGAGGAAUGGACUAAGGAAGUGAAUAGCCUUUUACAUUUUCAUUUGAGUCGGAUCGUAUGAGAUCAUGUGGAUGAAAUAGGAUAUACAUCUCUCCUAUAGCAGAAUUCAGCUGUACUCUGUGCCCUCCAUAAUUAUCUGCCCAAUGUACUAAUAACCCAGCACAUAAAGGCUGCUGUACAGUAACAUUAAACAGGCUCCACUUCUGCGGUAAGUGCCCGGAGACCUGGUACCCAGAGAUGUACAGCUGGUCCUGCUCCAUAGUGACACUCUGAUCGAUCAGUUACUGUAAGUAUCCCGAUUAUACAUCUAAUGUGCACCGAACGCACCAGCGUAACGCACAGAGGAGCGUUGUAUUGGACCAUCACAUGCUCUCCUAACAUGAGUGGUUGUUCCACGUGUGUUAUAAAACACGUUUGAUUUCUCCAGUGCUGUGCAGUCAAGAGCGUCAUCAACUCAUGAGAUAAGAGGAUUAUAUUAAAACAAAAUAAAACCUAUUUUUAUCUGUG